AUGGGCCCACGCGGCCGCGAGCGCCGGGCUGGGGCGGUCAAGGGUACGAACGACAGCAGCUCCCUCAGCAAGAGUUCCCUGGCGGCGCACGGCUACGUGUGCGAUCCCUUCGCGGCGCUGCUGGUGUCCGGCGCCCCGCGGCGCGCGCCGCUCAUCCAUCGCGGCUACUACGUGCGCGCGCGGGCCGUGAGGCAUUGUGUGCGCGCCUUCCUGGAGCGCACUCCCGCCGAGGGCGGUGAGCCCCGUCGGCAGAUCCUCUCGCUGGGCGCGGGCUUCGACUCCCUGUACUUCCGCCUCAAAGCCGCGGGCCACCUGGCUCAGGCCAAGGUGUGGGAAGUGGACUUUCCGGAUGUGGCCGAGCGUAAGGCGGCGAGGAUUCGCGCCACGCCGGAGCUGGCCGCUUUGGCUGGGCCUCCCCUGAGUGCCACGGACCCGGGCUCCGGCCCCGAACCGGCGCUGCGCUUCGCCAGCAAAGACUACCGCCUCCUGGGCAGUGACCUGCGCGACCUGCCGGCGCUGUGCCACGCCCUGGAGGCGUCCGGGCUGGACGCCGGGGUGCCCACGCUGCUGCUGGCCGAGGCCGUGCUCUCGUACCUGGAGCCGGGCAGCGCCGCGGCCCUGCUGGCGUGGGCCGCGGGCCGCUUCUCCGACGCUCUCUUCGUGCUCUACGAACAGAUGCGGCCUCACGACCCCUUCGGCCAGGUCAUGCAGCGGCACUUCGAGCGGCUGAACUCGCCUUUGCACGGGUUGGCCCGCUUCCCCGACGUGGCGGCCCAGCAGCGGCGCUUCCUGGACGCGGGCUGGGUGGCCUGCAGCGCUGUAGACAUGAACCACUUUUACCAUGGUUUCCUCCCAGCCGAGGAGCGGAGGCGCGUGCAGACUCUCGAACCCUUCGAUGAGUUCGAGGAGUGGCACCUGAAGUGCUCGCACUACUUCAUCCUGGCCGCUUCCACCGAGGACGGCCUGGCCCAGGCUGUGUUGCCUCAGCCCGUGGGCACUUUGCCCCUAGUGGAGCCAGCCCCUCCGGCGGGCGUCUUGUCAGCCAGUGUAUUAGGGGAGGUUGAGGGCUGUGACUUGAGGCGCUUUGGCCAUGCCUCAGCCGUCCUGGGCCCCAAUGUCAUCCUCAGCACUGGGGGCUUUGGGGAGCAGGAGGGGCGACAUGCAAGGAUGAGCACGUGCCACGUGCUGUUCAGACAACCCGGUUCUAGGUGGAAUGCAAGCCACGUGUGUGGGGCUGGAGCCACGUGGGAUGGACGCCUCUUCCACACCAUGACCACCUUCUCAGACACUCUGGUUCUUGUGCUGGGUGGGAGACUGUCCCCAGUGACUCCCGCCUUGGGGAUGUACUGGCUCUCCUGCACCGCCCCAGAGGGAAAUGGUGCUGGCAACCCGAAGGUGACAAUCACAGAGGUUGGCCCAGAAGCAGAGUUCCGGUCUCCACGAUGGCGACACUCAGCUGCUAAGGUCCUUUGUCAAGCCCAGAAGUAUUUGUUUGUAUAUGGGGGGCGCAAUGGGAAGGAUCCUGUGCUAGGUGACUGGCAUUUUCUACACGUGGACACAAUGACCUGGGUCACUUUACCAGUAGAAGGGCCAGAACCUGAUGCUCGACACUCUCAUAGUGCCUGCAGUUGGAAGGGAGGAGCCCUCAUUGCAGGAGGCCUGAGUGGUUCAGAAGAACCAUUGGGAUCUAUACACUUUCUGAAACCAGUCUCUAAUGGAUUUUGUUGGGAAAGGUUGGAGGUCCAGCCUCACAUCACCCCAAGAUAUUCUCAUACAGCCCAUGUAUUUGAUGGGAAGCUGCUGCUGGUGGGAGGGGUCUCAAUUCAUUCUUCCACUGUUCCUGGAGUGACAGUGAUUGACCUGACCACAAAACUGAGCUCUGAAUACCGUAUGGACACCACCUGUGUUCCGUGGCCUCUGAUGCUGCACAACCAUACCAGCAUCUUCCUACCAGAAGAGCAACAACUCCUUCUUCUUGGAGGGGGUGGGAACUGCUUCUCUUUUGGUACCCACUUUAAUCCCCACCCAGUCACUUUGGACAUCACUUCUUUGAGGCCUAGGUAGUGAUUGCUGCUGUUCACAUAGUAGAUAGGUUUGAUUUGGUGUGAAGUGUCCAAAAUUAGGAAGCUAAUCUUUCAUCUCCUGAAAUAGUAGAUGGAGAUUAUUUCUGAGCUUUUCUCUGAGAGAAACAGACCAUCAAGGAUCCCUUAUGUAGGAAAUCACAGAUAGGGUACUUAAAUUAUGACAACAGAUGAGGUCAUGAAAGAGACCAUGUAAGCAUACUUGAGAUUGUAGGUGAAUAAGGCAACCACAUACCACUCAUUGCCUGAAAAAAAACAAACUACUAGUCUGAAGCACAAAUAGAGCAACGUGAAAGAACAGCUUGAACAAGUACAGGGGAAGAAUUCCCAAUUUGCAAAUCUGCAUUCUCAAAGUUGUCAUUCCAGUCUAUGCUUUACCACAGGUUAUAAAUUUCCAAUUAGUUUGUUUCUUUAAAUUGGAUUUUGUUUUUUGUUAAAAUAAGUUUAUUAAUUUUUUAUGUAUUUAUAAUUUGUCCCUCCCUCUACACCCCUCCUCCCCCAUGAAAACCAAAACCCUUAUCAUAAACAUAUAUAAUAAAACAAAACACUUUGGCCA